AUGGCCAAGUUCGGAACCCAGAAGGAAGCUUCGCGGACCAAAAGCAUCAAAUUUCCGUUUCAGUAUGGGAGGUACAAGUUUAUUUUCCUUGGCAUCGUUUUUUACCAAAUAUUUGGUCUGCAAGUUGGACAAGCUGAAGCAUCGUGGCCUCGAGAUACUUAUGACUUGCAAAUGUUCCUGAGAGUCGAAGGAAAAGACUGUUUGCGACGCAUUGUUAUUCAAGGAACCCUUCCAAAUUACACCUAUGACACCUCUUUUACACAUGAGCAAGAAAGAAAAGUUCUUCUAGAUAUUUACACAUAUACAAAUGGCAAGCAAUGGUAUAAUAGCAGUGGAUGGAAUAGUUCAAUAGAGCACUGUUCCUGGUAUGGAAUCACGUGUCACGGCAAUUCAUACAUCAAGUCCAUUAUGCUGCCCUUUAACAACUUGAAUGGCUCUCUCCCUUGCAAUUUGUGGAAAAUACGAAACUUAUUUUCUUUGUGCGUGCCUGGUAACCCAAGCCUUCGUGGUAGACUCGGGGACUUUUUGUUUGGAAAUAUGAGUUUAUUGCUGAACUUAAUCAUCUGUGCUUCCUCUGUUUCUGGCGAGAUCCCUCAGGAUAUCGUCAAUCUUACAAAUCUGCAAUUCUUUAUAGCCAGUCCUAUGGACGGAGAAGGCCUCACGGGACAGUUGCCAAGAGACUUAGGAAAUAUGAAGGAGCUACGGAUGCUGGAUAUUGGCGGGAAUAAUAUAACUGGACAAAUACCCAGAAGUAUUUCGAAACUGACAAAACUUUAUGAUCUUACCUUACGAAACACCCCCGGGAUGAUGUCUGGAAACCUUUCCGACAUAUUUGCAAUACCUUCGUUGGCGGAUGUCUGCGUAUCUGGAGUGAGUUUAGUAGGAGAGAUACCUCGAAAGUUUCCACCAAACAUAGCUAUCCUUUUAUUGCCUGGAAAUAAUAUAUCCGGUAAGCUUCCAGAAAUAUUUCCGAACAACAGUGCCCUGCGAAACCUUAAUCUUGCAAACAAUCGUCUUACGGGAGAUAUUCCCGGCCAUCUGCUUUUAAAACCACUUGAUAUUUUAGAUCUAUCUCAAAACAGGUUUACGUCAAUUAAUGAAGGCAAGCCAUGGUCAAAAGACGACGUGGGAAGCAUUAGUCUUCACUUAUCGUUGGCCGAAAAUAGAGGCUUGGCAAUUGAUUUUCAAAGUUUCAUGGGGCUUUUUAAUAGCACAGCGACCUUAUCUGUCAUAAAUGUAAGCUACUGUGAUAUAGAAAGUCCUGUCUUGCCGAAUCUGUUCAACUUCUUACGAUUGUCCACUUUCGAUUUAAGUGGCAAUAACUUUUAUGGAGAAUUACCUAAUUUUUUUGGCGAUGUCUCAGUUCUAUCAUAUAUUGACGUAUCUGCAAAUAACUUAUCAGGUUCUCUACCAUUAGGAACUCAAAAUUUCAUGGCUCUUCAAUACUUAGAUAUUUCAGGAAAUCCUUUCAUGAGGAAAGGAACAAGCAUAUUGGCAAAUACCUUUCAGCCAGACUUUUCAAGAAUGAUCAGGCCUCAUCAAGGAGAUCACUAUACGUGUCCCGAAGGGCGCUUUACGUUCAAUAAUGGACGUAUUCGGUUAGAUCCUACAUUUUACCAAUACAAGUAUUGUAUCUGCGACGCUCAAUUUUACGGAGAUAAUGGACUUUGUAAAUCAUGCAUGGACGGAGGGACGUGCAACCAAGUUGAUGUCAAUACCUUGGAGGAUAUCCGCCCAAACAUCAUGAGGAUAGCUCCCGGCUACUGGCCAUCGCCUAAUUCUAAGAAUGUUACUCAUCUCGUCAAGUGUCCAGUACCUGCUGCGUGCAAUCCGCUGGCUUCUUGCACCUGUCGCCUUGGCACAUCACCCAACGAUCCGCAUUUAUCCCACACCAAACGUCUAUCGCCAAAUUUAAACACGACAUGCGAUCAGUCCCACAUAUGUCAUUCAGGAAACACUGACAGAUUCUGCCCUCGUUGUGAAGAAGGAUUUUAUAAAAUUGGCGGAUUGUGCUACCAAUGUGUGAAAGGAGAUCUUACUUACUACUACUUUUUCAUUCCAAUUUUUGCCAUUUCUUUCCUUGUUCUACUUUGGUCAUUUUUUUAUUUCAACUUGCGACCUGUUAAAUGGUUCAUGGUAACAGCAGUACAUUUUCUCUUAAUGCUGAUCUUUAUGCUUUUGGAAUUUUUACCCACUUGGGUUUUCAAAUUGAACCUGGUAGUUUUCGUGUUGUGUAUGACUAGUCGAGGGAAAGGUUCAAAGUCACUCAUCAGCAUCGCAGUGUUUUAUAUUCAAACCCUGGACUUCAUGGUUUCUAGCUCAAACGUUUGGCCUCCAAAAAUCAUUGCAGCUCAAAGCUACUUGAGUAGCUACUGGAAUUUGUAUUUCCCUUCACUUUCAUGCGAUUUACCUUCUCUUUUCAAUCCUGUUGGUAAGUUUACUUUUAUUCUCCUUCUUCCAAUUGGUUUCUUGGCACUUGUGGGUGUCUACUUUAUAGUUAUGCUGAGCUACAACAAGGUUCGUCCCCGAGAAGGACGAAUGGAAAAUGUUCACUUUAAAUGCCGUCAAAGUGCCUUUUUCUGUUUAAGUUUCACUUACUUUCCAGUUGUAAAGCAAACUCUUUCCAUCUUACGCCCAUGCCAAAAUGACCGUGAUGUUCUGUACAUGCCAAAUUCCCCUUGGAUAGAAUGCACAUCUGUUACUUACAGAACGCUAUCAGCUCUUGGUUUUGUCUCCGUAGUGGUCUACGUGAUUGGGUUUCCUUUGCUUCUCUCCUCACUCAUGUUCUUUUUCUUUCGAAAAAGAAACAGCAUGAGCCAAGACGAUCGUGAAAAACUUGACACGUGGCUUGGUCCUGCUUAUUUACCUUACAAACCAAGGUAUCAGCAGUACUUUGAGAUUGUAAUGCUACUCCGUCGCCUGUUACUAGCCAUUGCGUUAUCCAUAAUUUCGUCUUCCUCUACUUUACAAACCUUCGCUGUCUGGGUCCUUCUCGUGGGCUUUGCUAUAAUUCAUCUGUGUUUUCAUCCUUAUAACGAUCUUCCUCAUCACAAGUUUGCUUCUGAAAACUUUUUCGAGCCCCUUGUUUUGCUGGUGCUUUCAAUGUCCUUCAUACUGUUGAGGUUCUCGAACAUGGAAAGCUCCAUGAGUUAUUCAGCAGCAUAUGUGUGGAUUGUAAUUGUUAUUAACUCUUGCAUUCUUCUCCUAUUAAUGGGCGUUAUUUUCUACCGUCUUAUAAUAACUGGGUAUGAAGAUUCCCAUGGGUGCUCUUGUGGCGGAAGCGGCGUGAAUGAAGAAAGAACCAAUUUGCUGUCCGUGAACAGCCAACAUUGGGGAGGCACAGAAGUCGACGACAUCGACUAAUUUAAAUUUUUUUUUCUAUCUGAACGUCCUGCAUAAUUAACUAUCAUAGAUAUAGUUGAUACUCAUCGUUCAAGAUCUUGUGACUUAAGCUUACUACUUAAUUUUGGCUCCAACCAAAAAGUAUCAUUACUAUAGUUACAAGUUUCAGUUUUCAGUCUAAAACCACCUAAAAGACCGUGGCGUCGUUUAGGGAAUUGUAUUUGUUAACUCUAUAAUAUGUUGUGGUUAUAGAUUCUUUCCUCUUUCGGUGUUAUUUUUCCUGUUCUAAAAGAUUAGUAGUCUAAAAAAAGAUGAAAACAAAAGACAGCCCGAGGUUAACACUAUAUCACAACAUAUGACGGGUCAGUCAAGGUAGAGAAAGAGUUAUUCUCUCUAAUUCAUUGUGUAUCCAAAGAGCUUCGUGUAAUCACUCUUGAAAUGGAUGGCGUUUCUGUAGGUUUUCUAGUUGAGUGCGUUAGGUACUUUAUGUCGAAUGUUAUUUUAUGAACGCUGGUUAUGUAUUAGAAGUUUUUCUGUAUCGAGCACCUUUGAUAUGAAAUCAAGGGGGAUAUUUGUUGGUUCAGGGAUGAAAUACAUGUCUAGGUAUAAUGCAACAAUGACUAAAGGUACUCUUCUCUGUUUAUGGAAUAUGGAUUUUCAUUCAAGUUUGAUUAAGUGGCAUAUAGUCUUAGGUACAAAAACAAUGUUUAGCUACUGCUAUGUUAGAGUUGUUUAUCUGUAUCUCUACCAUGCCACAGAAGAUACAGCCGAACAGAACACAAGAAAGCUACGCUCUAUGGAAAUCUGUUCAGUGAAACCUGCUCUUGUUUCUGGAGCGCGUUUCACUCUCAGUGACUGUAAUUAACGAGCAUGUUUCCUGCUCAGAUCGUUUUUUAACGUCUUCAGGGACCGCGCAGGGGGAGGGACUGGGGGUAUUAGCCCCCCCCCCCCCCACUUUAAAAAAAAA